UCGCUGUGUGCUCGGCACAGCCUGCGCUCCCAGUCCCCAGCCUUCCCGCUAAGCGCUGCGGCUCCGGCAGCAGCGGCUGACUGCGCUGCCUUCCUCCGGGAAAAGCGAGCCGCGGUGCUUGUGUGCCCGUGUGUGUGUGUGUGUGUGUCAGUGCGUGGGGGUGAGUGAGUGCUCUGUUCGCUCUGUUCGCCCCUUUCUUUUUUUUUUUUUUUUCUUUUUUUUUUUUUUUUAAAUCAGGAGCUCUGAAUGAAAGCCAGUCAGAGGGAGAGCUCCCCCUCAGCUUUGGUUCUGUGCUGUCCAGAGUUAAGUGAUGCUGGGAGAAAAAGCCUGAGUUAGAUCCAAGUGGAUCAGUCUUAGAAAAUAAGAGCAGAAAACAAGCAAGAAAAGGACUCUAAUAGCCCAUUCUUCAGUUUUUCUUGGGUUGGAAGCUACUUCACUUUCUCAGAAGCAGAAUAAAAGGUGUGAGUUUCCAUGAGAAAUGGUUGUUUCCAUUUUUUCCUGUCUGCUAAGAGAGAAUGUAAUCCUCCUGCUAUCAUCUAAUUAGAAGGAAUGGGACUAACCAUGCUGCAGGCACAAGCAAUAGCACAAGUUUGAGGAGCCACUGUGUAGACAUCAAUGAACACUUUAUUAAAUUAUACAGCUUUCUAAGCAGGCACGAUCUCUCAGUGCCCCAAUUCUUUAUGCUUUAGUGAACUGCCUGUGCUCUCUGAAGCUGUAAGGUUUCAGCCUGAGCUGAAGAUAUAAACUCCUGAUGAGAUUAUGGAUCUGGUUACUAUGUGCAGUCCAGAGAUGAGCUGCUGUAAAUGACUUGGCUACAUCAGGAAUUAGAAACAUAGAAAGCAAAUCAGGAAAAACAAAGCUGUAGACUCCCCAUUGCUGACCAGCUCAAACAAUAUCAAAGGUGUAUAAUUAUGACAAUACAGCAAGUUCUGUUACUUCUACUGCUCUGGAUGUGGCUGCUGCAUCCCUGCCGCACAGAAAUGCUGUUCAGAAGGACUCCUGAUCUCAGACCUAAAGGCUCUGUGGGACGCGCAUCAGGGAGUGACGGAAAAGCACUUCACCGCCAGAAGCGAGGCUGGAUGUGGAACCAGUUUUUCCUUUUAGAGGAAUACACAGGAUCUGACUAUCAGUAUGUAGGCAAGCUUCAUUCUGACCAGGAUAAGGGAGAUGGAUCCCUCAAAUACAUUUUGUCAGGAGAUGGGGCUGGUACUCUUUUUAUAAUUGACGAGAAAACAGGUGACAUUCAUGCUACUCGGAGAAUUGACAGGGAGGAGAAAGCCUUUUACACCCUGCGUGCCCAAGCUAUUAACAGAAGAACUCUGAGACCAGUGGAACCUGAAUCUGAGUUUGUCAUCAAAAUCCAUGACAUCAAUGACAAUGAACCAACAUUUCCAGAAGAAAUUUAUACAGCUAGUGUUCCUGAAAUGUCAGUAGUGGGUACCUCCGUCGUGCAAGUCACAGCUACGGAUGCCGAUGACCCUUCGUAUGGUAACAGUGCCAGAAUCAUUUACAGCAUACUUCAGGGACAGCCAUAUUUUUCUGUGGAACCAGAAACAGGCAUCAUCCGGACUGCUUUACCAAAUAUGAACAGAGAGAACAGGGAGCAGUACCAAGUGGUUAUCCAGGCAAAGGACAUGGGAGGCCAGAUGGGUGGAUUAUCAGGGACCACCACUGUGAACAUCACUUUGACUGAUGUCAAUGACAAUCCACCUCGAUUUCCCCAGAGUACCAUCCACCUCCGCAUUCCUGAGUCUUCUCCAGUCGGGACAGCUAUUGGCAGCGUCAAAGCCACAGAUGCAGACAUUGGAAAAAAUGCAGAAGUAGAGUACAGAAUUGUAGAUGGUGAUGGGACAGAUAUGUUUGACAUCGUAACGCAGAGGGACACACAGGAAGGCAUCAUUACUGUGCGGAAGCCAUUGGACUAUGAGACAAGAAGGCUUUAUACCUUGAAAGUAGAAGCUGAGAAUACCCAUGUGGAUCCACGCUUCUAUUACCUUGGGCCUUUCAAAGAUACAACUAUUGUGAAAAUUUCUGUAGAGGAUGUAGAUGAGCCUCCUGUCUUCAGUAGAUCUUCUUACCUUUUUGAGGUUCAUGAAGAUAUUGAGCUGGGGACAAUAAUAGGAACGGUAAUGGCACGAGAUCCUGAUUCAGCUUCAAGCCCUAUAAGGUUUUCUCUAGAUCGUCAUACAGAUCUAGACAGGAUAUUUAAUAUUCAUUCUGGAAAUGGAUCCAUCUAUACUUCUAAGCCACUGGAUCGUGAGAUAUCACAAUGGCACAAUCUCAGUGUUAUAGCAGCUGAAAUCAACAACCCGAAAGAUACUACCCGUGUUCCUGUUUAUGUAAGAAUUUUGGAUGUUAAUGACAAUGCCCCACAGUUUGCUGUAUUCUAUGAUACUUUUGUUUGUGAAAAUGCAAGAGCUGGACAGCUUAUCCAGACCAUAAGUGCAGUAGACAAAGAUGAUCCUCUUGGGGGACAAAAAUUUUUCUUCAGUUUAGCAGCUGUUAACCCUAAUUUCACUGUUCAGGACAAUGAAGAUAACACUGCCAGAAUUUUAACAAGAAGAAAUGGCUUUAGUCGACAUGAAAUAAGUACAUACCUCUUACCAGUGGUGAUAUCAGACAAUGACUAUCCAAUCCAGAGCAGCACUGGCACACUUACCAUCCGAGUUUGUGCCUGUGACAGCCGAGGGAACAUGCAGUCCUGCAACGCAGAGGCCCUUCUCCUCCCUGCUGGCCUCAGUACAGGGGCACUGAUUGCCAUUCUCCUCUGCAUCAUCAUCCUGCUGGUUAUAGUGGUGCUGUUUGCUGCUCUGAAGAGGCAACGAAAGAAAGAGCCUUUGAUCCUGUCUAAAGAGGACAUCAGAGACAACAUUGUGAGUUAUAAUGAUGAAGGCGGUGGAGAGGAAGAUACCCAAGCCUUUGAUAUUGGCACACUGAGGAAUCCUGCAGCUAUAGAAGAUAAGAAGCUUCGACGAGACAUUAUCCCUGAAACGUUAUUUGUACCACGGAGGACUCCUUCAGCACCAGAUAACACAGAUGUGCGAGAUUUCAUUAACCAAAGGUUAAAAGAGCAUGAUACUGAUCCUUCUGCACCACCGUAUGACUCGCUUGCAACCUACGCCUAUGAAGGAAAUGAUUCAAUAGCUGAAUCUUUGAGCUCCUUAGAGUCGGGUACUACUGAAGGAGACCAAAACUAUGAUUACCUCCGAGAAUGGGGCCCUCGGUUUAAUAAGCUUGCUGAAAUGUAUGGUGGAGGAGAAAGUGACAAAGACACUUCUUAACCUACAGUAGGCUACAUUCUUUGUUCCUUUGAGCGGAAGUAAUUUUACAGACACCUUCUGCACUCAACAGUAUUUAACAUUCAGGAAAAUUUUCCUGCCACUCAGCACAAUGAUUUCCUUUAGAAUUUGUUUUCAAUUUGUCCAUUUAUGUAAUUCAUUCUUUCUAGUAGGAUGCCACUUGGAACGCGUACAGUAUUUUAUUUAAUCACCUUCCAAGAGCCAAAGCUAUGGAAAUUCAGUGUUGUCCAUUUUAGUAAUUAAAAUUAAAAAUACCUUACCUUCAGAAAUUUGAACAGGGUGAUAAUCCCUUAAGCAACCUCAUGUACAAGCCGCUUCUGUUAGGUACAUGUCCUACCCUUGCAAGUGCAGCUUUUAAGAAGGCAAAGAAGAAAAAAUCCAGUAUGUUCUGUUCUGUACAUUAAAACUGAAACAAAAUGUACACGUGGUGUUAAUAAGUGUAAUAUGCAGCUGGUUUAAAAAAAAAGUUUGUGCAACUUCAUUUCAUCAAAUUCUAUCUGCCGAUGUUUUAUAUUUAUAUUUUUGUAUUUAUUUUUAAGAAAUAAACCAGUUUUUACAACUAUUUUGAUGCUUUCAUGCCUUUUCUUGCCAUCAGUUCCUGUCUUAAAGGAAGCAUGAUAUUUCUCCACUGGCAGCACAGCCAAGUGUCACUGGUUCUAUGCUGCUGUCUGCUGCAUGCAUGCAGUGCAGCCAGAAGUGCAUAAACUCACGGGGAGAGGAUCAAGUCAUAGAUCUAUUUGCUUGCUCAAAAGUGUUACUUUCUACAGUUGUCAUGUUUAAGAAAAGUUUUAUUUUUGAACUAAGUUAAUGAUAUCUUAUUAGAAAGAUGGAGUGCAAUUUUGUCUUGAAUUACAUAAUUCUAAAAACAUGUCGAUAAAAUUAACCUGAGGAAAGAAUUCAUUUUGAAAACUUGGAUUAUUUAUUCUAAUUCUCCAUUCUGGAUCAUGAUUGCAUCAUUAGAUGUGAUCUGUAAUUGCAGUGAAGAAAGUGUAGAAAGAUGCAAUGAUGCAGUAUAUAUAUAGCAAUGAUUUUUAAGCACCAACAUUUUCCUAUGGCAAAUCACUUGACAAAACACUGCAUUCUAUUGCAACUAUCUGAGGGUAAAGUAAUCUCCUUUAAAGCUGCCAGGCUGAAGAGUGACAAAAUGUCAGAAAACUAGCACAAACUCCCACCCAAACUUCUCAGUUUUCUGAUGGCUAGGAAAAGACUAGCAAAAAGAAAACCAAGCUAUUAGCCAGCCAUAACAGAAAUCACACACUAGUUAUCAUAUAAAGUAGGCAUUCCAAGAUAUUUUUUCUUCCCACAGUCUUUAGAUUACACAAACCUAUUCAGUGAACAAGCAUUCUGGGAACUAUAGACAUUUCUGAGAUUGGAUAAUUUCAGAGGAAGAGCAGGAUGUUGUAGAGUCUAUAUUUACUUAUUUAUUGUGAAAGAAGUACAUCUGAAGGACAAUCUCUCCUUUUCUAUCUCCCUUAACUUCUUGCUGGCAUAAAAUCAACAAAUAUUGAAAAUACAUUAGUUCUUUGUAAAGUGCAUUGCUGCAUUCUUAUUAUACCAGAUAUUUCUUCUCCUAAAUUGAGAGAUUAAACGCAGUGAAGUUGAAAGCUGAAUACAGUGCCAUUAUGCAAGCUAGUUCUGUGCAAUGAAGAAUGAAUUUUUAUUGAUUUGAUAUCAAAUUAAAGUAUUUGAUCCAUUAAGAAACUUUGAAAAUUAUGGAUUUCUUUUCAUUUCAAUGAAAAAUAUCUUCAUUUUGAUAUUCUUUAAAAGAAAAAUAAUUCUUAGAUAUAAAGAAAUAUCUUAGAUAUUUAGAUGUUAUAAAGUUCUUUUGGAAGCGUGACAGAACAUGCAAAGAGUUCUUUUUUUUUUUAUGACUAUUUAGUGAAAUUGGUCUUAUUUUUCCACCCUUCCUAACCUUCAUUUGUCCUUUAGCAGCAUGUACUAGUAAAAAAUAAACAAAAUUCAUUGAUUCAAUAUGUUUAUAUCCAAAAGACUCUUCCAAUACUGUUUUCUCUCUGCAACAGCGUUGAGUUCAGAUCAAUGCCACCUGACAUAGUUAACUGAGUACUUACCAGGACAAGAUAAAAUAGACUGAAAUACACCUGUUUGUCAUCUUCUGCUAAAAAUAGUUUUUGGUUAAAUAAAUGCAGUCUACGCUGUUACCUGCAACUCAGUAAGAAUCUCUGGGGAAAAAAUGACAUACAACUCUCUGAAAUAUAUCAGCAAAUAUCAAAGAAAAUUCUACUAUUUUUGUUUGUGUUACAAUAAUUAUUUGAAACCGUAUUUCAGACGGAGCCUGUGAAUGACUUACAAAUGUUUAAAAAUUCAGAAAUGUUGAAAAUAUUAUGGCCACUGGUUCCCAAGAAAGCAGUUGGUUCUUAGAGUCUAUUCAAACAAAUAUUAAUUAACUUAUUGGAAUAGAAAUAUUAGAAAGAAGGGAUGUACAAGAUCUUAUGUUAAUAAACUGAUAUGAGGAUAACAACCACAAAAAUCAUGUUUUGUGGGGCCUUCAGGGAAAGUGUUGAUAGUAAGAAAUGUCAAAAAUUAAAUGAAUACUGAUUAAACCACCCCAAACAAACAACACCUAAAUCAACAAAAUCCUCUGCACACAAUCAGACAACUAUAUUCAACAGUUGCCACCCCUGGAAGUUCAGAUGUUUUUAAUUGCUCAUUAUCAGUAGGUGUAGCAUUUCCAACACUGGUAUUUACAUAGCAAGUAAAAACAUUAUUCACAGUCCUGGAAAAAAUGUUUUGUAAUGGAUCAAAUUAUUUAUCAAUAAUAUCACUAUCUAUCGGGAGCCUACUCUUCAUUCCUCCCAAUCAUUCUCCAGAGUGACACCAUUGCCCAAGAUUUCCAACAAUAAUUUUUGAAUAUAUACUGCCUAUUACACAAGGAAAAUAUUCGUAUGCUACAUUAUUAUCGUCCAAGAAUCUUCUAAGUUGUUUUUUUUGAGUCACUACAUAAAUAUCUAUUAAGGGCUAUAUAGCUUCUAGCUGUGCUAGACACAAGUAGUGGAGACUGACAAAUCAACCAUUGCCCUAUGUACUUUUCAGACUAGUUUGCCCUUAUUGUAACAGAAAUCAAAUUACUUGCAUGGUCCUCUGUAUUUAUGCAACAUUGGGAAGGAAAGUCAGCUAAGUAUUUUCUCUUGCCCUAUUACUAACUUCUGUGAAGAAAAAUCAAUGAACAUAUUUAGAAAGCUUGUUAGCAACAUAUGUGCAAUAAUAGCAUAUCAACAAAAGAGUUUAGGCUUCCUUGCUUUUCUCCAAAUCAGGAAAUUACUGAUGUGAUUACAAAAUUUAGUAAGAGCUUUCCACAACUUCAUUGUUUUAUCAGAAUCUGUUCACAGCAAGAUGAACUGAAACAAUUUCAAGUAUUGGGUGAACCUGAUGAGGUUUCAACACAGCAAAGUGCAAGGUUUUGCACUUGGGCAAAUCCAUCCAGGCAUCCAUACAGACUGGAAGGAGCAGCCCUUGAGACGAUCCCUGCAGAGAAGGACCUGAGGGUCUUGAUGGAUGAAAAGCUUAACAUCAGCCAGCAGUAUGCUCCUGCAGCUCGGAAAGCAAAUGGUAUUCUGUGCUCCAUCAGAAGAGGGGUGGCCAGCAGGGACAGGGAGGUGAUUGUCCCCCUCUACUCUGCUCUUGUGAGGCCCCAUCUGGAGUACUGUGUCCAGGUCUGGAGACCCCAGUACAAGAAAGACAGAAAACUAUUAGAGAGGGUCCAAAGGAGAGCCACAAAGAUGUUCCCUCCAGAGGAGGGGACUGGAACACCUCCCCUAUGAAGACAGGCUGAGGGAGCUGGGCUUGUUCAGCCUGGAGAAAAAAAGGCUGUGGGAUGACCUCAUUGCAGCAUUUCAGUACCUAAAGAGAGCCUACAAACAGGAGGGGAAUCAACUCUUUGAAAGGGUUGAUAACAGCAGGACAACGGGAAAUGGUUUUAAGUUGAGGGAGGGAAGAUUUAGGUUGGAUGUCAGGGGGAAGUCCUUUACAGAGAGAGUAGUGAGAUGCUGGAACAGGCUGCGAACGAGGUUGUGGAUGCCCCAUCCCUAGAGGUGUUCAAGGCCAGGUUGGAUAGGGCCCUGUGCAGCCUGGUCUAGUAUUAAAUGGGGAGCUUGGUGGUCCUGCAUGUGGCAGAGGGAUUGGAGAUUCAUGAUCCUUGAAGUCCCUUCCAACCCUGGCCAUUCUGUAUUCCUGUGAUUCUGUAUUCAUAACGUUAUCUAUCUACUGCGUUCAAUGUAUUAUGUAAAAAGUAAACAUAUGGAGAUAAAAGUAAAUAAAAGAAGAUAUGUGAAUAUGAUUUUUUUCUCCUCAAAAAUGCCAUGGGUUUCUCUAUAAUCUCUGCAGUUUUAUAGUGAAACACUCA